AUGUUAUACGUCAUCAAUAGUGGACAAUCAUUGUUUUGUUCGAAAUCCGAACGAUUGAUAUUGACAAGAAGUUCGAAACGGGAUGCGAAGAAACGAAAGGGUGUUCACUUUGAUGCUGACGAUGGAACGUCGUCGACAUCCGAUUAUAUAUUUCAAGAAGGAAAACAAUGGGGACAAAUCGCAACGAGUUUUAACUGUGAUGACUCGAGUGAGAAUGAGUUAAAUGUAAUGGAUGAGUUGCUGAACUUGUGCAAUUGGAAUGAUCCGAAAGAGAAAAUGCCGAAUUUUAGUUUCACGGACGAUGAGGACGAUGAUAUUCCGUUUGCGACGAAUUGCUCCAACUCCAUUUAUCCGACUCCUCCUUCAACGUCAUCGACGGAUGAUCGAAGUUUGCGUGUGAGCAACCUCCAUUUGACGAGUCGAUUAAGAUUGGAUAGCAAACCGAUACUGGUGGCCCAAAGAAAAUUGAAAAGCACAGUUGUUGAAACAAUUGAUGAUAAAAAGGUGUUGUCUGAAAAAGAGGAACUUGAACUCGCCUUUCAAGGAGUUAUGAAAUCUCAAAUCGAUUUGAGAACAAGCUCACCGAUUAAGAACUCACAGGACGAAUCAUUGAAAAGCGAGAAGAAGGAAUCGAAUUUUUGGGACGACGUGGAAUUUUGA